UUAGGUACCCUUGGGUCUUGUUUUUAUAAGAAAAAUUUCAACCCAUCCACUUCUUUCCUCUGUCUGUAACACAGAUAUGAUGGUGAAAAGGACAUCCAAGGACAGAAGUCAUUACAUUACAGACCUCCAGCCUACUAUUGUGAAUUUGUCAAUGUUGAUGCGUAAUCAGACAGCUUACUUGAAUAAUUCCAAAUUGUGUGAGAAGCAGCAGUUCCCGCAGAGCAUUAAGGAGGCACCACAUGGAAAAACACAUUAAAUUCAUCCAGGCAAGAGCUCGAGGCUUCUGGGAAGAUAUCUGAACUUGGCAUUGAAGAAUGGAUGUCAUUAAGGGAAAACAAAGAGGAAGAGUUAAUCGAAAAAUUGGAUGUGGUCACAGUGCCCUCCCCAUCCCCAAAAGGACUACCAGUGAAGCAAUAUGCUGUCCAGUCUCAUCUUCCAGUGUAUGAAUGGCCAGAUGUGGGAUCUGGAGAGUAUGACGUUGGAGUGGUAGCUUCAUUUGGCCGACUUUUGAGUGAGGCUCUUAUUCUUAAAUUUCCCUAUGGCAUAUUGAACGUCCAUCCCAGUUGCCUCCCGAGGUGGCGUGGUCCAGCCCCUAUAAUCCACACUGUACUUCACGGAGACACAGUUACCGGAGUGACGAUUAUGCAAAUUAAACCUAAAAGGUUUGAUGUCGGCCCAAUUCUCAAACAGGAAACGGUUCCUGUGCCACCUAAGAGCACUGCCAAGGAACUGGAGACAGUGCUGUCAAGACUGGGGGCCAACAUGCUUAUUUCAGUUUUGAAAAAUUUGCCUGAGAGUUUGAGCAAAGGAAGGCAGCAGCCAACUGAGGGAGUGACAUAUGCCCCUAAGAUUUCUGCUGGUACCAGAUGUAUAAAAUGGGAGGAACAAACUUCAGAGCAGAUAUUCAGACUUUAUCGUGCCAUUGGAACUAUAAUUCCGUUGCAGACUCUCUGGAUGGAUAAUACCAUUAAACUUCUGGAUUUGGUAGAAGUUAAUAGUUCAGUCCUCGCUGAUCCAAAAUUAAGAGGACAACGUGUUACUCCAGGAUCAGUAGUAUACCACAAACAGUCACAAAUACUGCUGGUUUGUUGCAAGGAUGGCUGGAUUGGUGUUCGAUCAGUGAUGCUCAAGAAAACACUAACAGCUACUGAUUUCUACAAUGGGUAUCUGCACCCCUGGUACCAGAAAGAUUCCCAACCUCAGCCAAGGCAAUGCAGAUUUCAGACUCUCAGACUUCCAAUAAAGAAGAAGCAGGGGAAAAAAAUUGUUGCUAUGCAACAGUGCAUUAAGUAGUUAGGAAGUAGAUGGAUAAGAACCUACUACAUAUUUGUAAUUUAUUAAAAGCCUUUUGUACAAGGAAUUACCUUGACUAUCAAAGAAGAUGACACUGUUGGAGGGAAAGGAAGGAAGAUUAUUGUCAAAAGAUGAAUUACUUCACUUCCCAUUUUUUGUUUAACAGUAGUUAAAACCACUUUUCUAUUUGAAUAACAAAAAGAACUUUAAAUAAAACUUUUAUUUAUAAUGUGAAACUCAA